AACCUCGAUUAUAAAAACAUGCAUUGUUUCUGAUCUCCACAGUUCUAAACUAUAGCUCGAUUGAUUCGCUACACUUUAAAGUGUCUAGCUAUUCUAUUACUCUACGAGUACAGCUAAUUUAACAAAAUGAAACUUGUUCUGAUCGCAAUUGGUCUAACCCUGUCCUGCAUAUGGGCCGAAGAGAAGUACACAGAUAAGUACGACAGCCUGAACAUUGAUGAGGUCAUCGCCAACAAGAGAUUGCUCAAUGCAUACAAUAAAUGCGUACUUGAUCAAGGAAAAUGCACGUCAGAAGGACGAGAACUGAAAUCACAUAUAGCGGAAGGUCUGAAAACGGGUUGCGCAAAAUGCACUGAUGCUCAACAUAAAGGCAUGCGCAAAGUGAUCAAGCAUUUAAUGACCCAUGAUAAAAACGUUUGGCGUCAAAUGGUUGAAAAAUACGACCCUAAAAGAGUGUACUCGACUAAAUACGAAAAGGAGUUGAAAUCUUUAUACUAAAUUGCAAUUUAGUGACGGUUAAAUAUGGUUGGCAUUAGUUUCUUUGUUGAUAUUGCUGUUUAAUUAUUUAUUGUACUUUUAAUAUUAUAAGAGCAUUAUU